AUGGCCGCAGCAGCGCGACGGUGGGUACGGCAUAUCGUAGCGACCCCCGCAACCUCACCCUGGGCGUCUGUCUUCCAAGUUGCGCCUGAUUCCGCCCUGCUGUGGGCUCUUCUUGCGCCCAGCCCUUCCUUUCCGCUACCCUAUUUCUCGCUAUCCCACCGCCAUUCUAGCAGCACACUGUGCAUCUUCCUACCCGUGAGCGUGUUGAUCAACACGUUCGCCAAUCACUGCGAACAGCGAUCGGCACCACUGCGCGUUCCCGCUUCACUCCGCCCGCAGCCACGGCGCCCCAGAGGAUUCGUCAGGCCGACUGGCUGGGCAGACGAGACUGCACCGCGACAUCAUAGCGGAUUCGCUACCACCACGGCAGCAGCCGACGAUACAUUACACAUAACACCGCGCUCUCUCUGCGACCCCGCGCUGCGACACUCUGCCCCACGUCCUGGCCCCCACCUUGCGUCGCCCACGACCAUGUCCGUCAUCUACAAGCGCAGCGAGCGCGAGCGCGAGCGCGACUGGGAGACGCAGUCCCAGGGCGGCGCCCGCAGCUACACCACCGUCCGGCGCUACAAGGUGCCCGACCACAGCCUGGAGGAAGACACGUACGAGCAAGAGAUGCGCCUCGUCCACCGGCCCCGCGAGGACUACGAAGAGCGCCGAGAAGUCAGGAAGGAGUACGUGGUGGAACGCAACGACCCGGGACCCGGCCGCAGCGAAGUCCGCGAGUACCGCUACGUCGACCGCUCGCCCUCGCCGCCGCGCCGCGAAGUCCGCGAGUACCGCAUCGAGCGCGAGAUUGACCGCUCCCCAUCACCUGCCCGCUCCAGCGCACGUGAGAUCCGCAUUUCGCGCGAAUACGAACGUGACGUCCAGGAGCAGCAGCGAGACUACCAGCCAUACGAGCUUGAGAGGUACUCCCGCUCCACAGAGUUCUUCCGUCCCGAACCACCCCCCCAGCAGGCCCCCCAGCCCAUCAUCAUCCGCAACGAAGCCCAGCCUGCGCAGCAGCCUAUCAUUAUCCGGGAGGAGGUGCCACAGCCCAUCAUCAUCCGGGAGCGCAUCCAGGAGCCCGCCUACGAACUUGUUGAGCGUUCGGAAGUUUACGAUGACAGACAGGUUGCCCGUCCCCGCGUCGACGAGGACUAUUACUACGAGCGUAGGGUGAAGGAGGUAGACCGAGGCGGCCGCAGAGACGAGCGAUACCUCGAUGAACGCGAGUACCGAGACCGUCACGGUGACCGAGACUACUACAGCGACGACGAUGUGGUAUACGUCCACAAGGAGAAGGACACGUGGGGCCGUGAUGGAAGUCCAAACGGCAAGCGCAGCGCCGCAGCAGGAGCGCUUGCUGGAGUCGCCGCCGGCCAGAUCCUCAGGCAUCACCGCAAGAGGAAGGGCGAAGAGGCUGGGGGCAACAUUGGCAAUGCCCUCGGCUACGGCACGCUUGGUGCUGUAAGUGCCGUGGCUCUCGACCGCUACAACAACCGCGACAGGUCUCGCUCCCUCUCCUCGGACCGAGGUAGGCGUAGGAGGCACAGGAGCAAGAGCCGCAACCGCAGCAAGUCCCGUGUGAGGGAAGUUGGCACUCUUGCUGCUCUUGCAGGCGUUGGCCUUGCUGCUUACGCUGUAGGAAAGCGAAACAAGGAGAAGAACGCGCCCGUUACUACCGUGGUCACAGAGCACCGGAGUAGGUCCCGAAGACGGAGGGGAAGUUCAAGACAUGGAAGGAGUAGGUCUAGGUCUGUGACUGUUGUCGAGGAGGAUGGCCGUGGUAGAUCUCGAAGCACGAGUAAGCACAUGGAUCCUCAGCACCGCAACAACCGAGCAGCAUCCGUUGGUCUUGCCAGCGCUGCUGUAGCCGGUCUGGUCCAACACAACCGCAGCAAGUCUCGAAAGCGCAAGGGAAAGCGUUCGCCUAGCCGAGUUCGCCAGGGUGUGCCGAUUGCUGCCGCUGGUGUCGCCGGAGCAGCCGUCGCUGGACUGUAUGAGAAGCACAAGGCUAAGAAGGAGGCUAGGGCGCUCUCGCAAUCUAAGUCGAGGUCGCGCUCAAGAUCAAGGUCGGUGCUCUCCCGCCUCACUGGGCGCAGCUCCAGUAGACCUAGAAGCGCAAAGAGUGACCCUGUGCUAGUAGAGUACGGCGGUGAUCCGAUCUAUACCGAUCGUGAACGAAGUCGAUCACGCGGCGCACGCGGCAGACGACGACGCGGUUCCUCUUCCUCCUCGGUCGGUCGACGUGACACCAGGAGCCGAAGCAAGAGUCGCGCACGAUCGGUAGCAGAGACGGCAGCGGUCGCUGGAGUUGCUGGAUUGGCCGCUCACGAAGCAGCGAAGCGGCGCGAUCGCAAGAAGGCUGAGAAGGAGCGAGAUCGACGACACGAGGAUGAGUCUGCCUAUAGUCAAGGCAGCUACAGCCCGGGCGGACGCUACAGUCCUGGCCAAUACAGCCCGGGUCAAUCGACCGCACACCCCAAUGACUCCCGUUAUUUUCCAGAGACCAACUACUUCCCUCCACCACCAACAGCUCCUGUAGGCCACGUAGAUGGCAACCUUCCUAAUGCCCCGUAUCCACCUUAUAAUCCGGCCGACUACCCACCACACAAUAACUACAGUCCACAACCACCUGCAGGCGGCUAUGCCCACGAGGAUAUGAACCCAGGAAACCCUUAUGCACAUCAAGAUCAGAACCACUACUACCAGGCGCGUCGCGGAGACGAGAAUGUGAGUGCUCCAGUCCCUAAGAAUGCUGGCACCGAGCACGUUACUCCUAUUUUUACGCGUGGUGGGUCCCAACCUACCCACGCAGCUGACGACCGUACUGACUAUGCAUCAGGUCUAAAUCAGACUCGCGACGAGUCACCACCACUUGCACCCAGUCCAGUCAGCACACGCGAGAAAGAAGUGAAGUUUGAUCUCAAUCCGCAAGAGCAGGAGAUAUCACCCAAUCCUUCGCCCGAGCGUACCGACAAGAACAGAGACCGGCAUCGCGAGCGUAGAGAAGACAGUGAUUCUGGUGAUGAGAGCCGUGGUUCCGACCGAGACAGAGAUCGAGACAGGGACCAUCACAGACGACGCCAUGCCGACGAACGAUCUACUAACGGCUCUCAAGGUUCAGGGCGCGACCGCAAACGACACCGACGUGCUGAGUCUCCUGGGUCUGACACAGAUUCCACUAUUGAACUUCCCCCACGGUUUGACGAGAAGGGUCGCAGAAAGGGUGACGAUCCAGCAGCAGACAGAUUGGAGAGUGUCUUGCAGUCUUUGUUCCGGUAG